AUACAUUUUCGGAUCAUUCGUUUGCGUCUUUGUUACAAAAUCCUUUUGUUAUUGUUCUUUAACAAAAUAGAAACCACAGAUGUCUUGGUCUGCUCCAGAGGAUUGGUCUCGCUGGGAUCCAGAUACACUAAUGAUUUGUCCGUACGACGAAGCUCACAGAAUAAAAGCAAGGAGAUUUCAACACCAUCUGAUGAAGUGCAGGCAGAAUCAUCCCGAUAAAGACUUUGUUAACUGUCCUUUCAACGCUAAACAUGUCAUGCUAAGGCAUGAUGUUAGACAUCAUGUAAGCCGGUGUCCCGAUAGAGUAAGUGGAAUAAUCCAGUUUAAAUUUCUAUUUGCAUUCUUUUUCGUCUUCGAGUUGAUAUUUGAAUCGGUUAACUCUUAAGAUCUCUAUGGCAGAUUCUCUCAACUUAUGGAGAAAUCCUUCUUUCGUGAUUAUUGUCGAGAAAAUUGCUUUAAGCGUUAAGUUAUCAUUGUUAGUUUUUCCUAAGUUUGUCUCCUAAACUGCACAAUGUCAUGUCAUUUUGUUUAAAUAUUUUAGGAGUUUGUGAAAUAAUUUUUACAUUUACUUUAUUUUGGAGCUGUAUUUUAAGUUUUAACAAGAAUAAUACUUACCUGCUCUUUGAUAUGAUUUUCCGUCGUCAUAUUGGCAGCGGAGUUACAAGCUUCUAUUCCAAACAAGUUUAAUUAUGGAUAAAAGGGUUUUAAAUAUCACAAAUCAGCCUUUGCUGUGUAACCAGUAGUGAUGCAGGGUACCAAAGCCUGUGCAAUUUAAUUUAGUAUUAUCAAGUUUGUUGAUAACAUAAAUUCACCUCCAUAAAGGGUUUCAAAGCUGAUGUUUCAGAUGUUAACUCUUUGCCAGAGUGAUUGACGAAGGGCUAAUGCUCAUAACGUCAGCUUUGAAACUCUUUACGGCGACCAAUUUAUGUUAUUAACUCAGUGGAUAAUACUAAAUUACCCUGUUAUACUCUCCCUCUGAAGCUGCACCACAGUUUUUUUAGAAACUUACCCUCUUUAUUCCUGUGCAUUGUACAUGAGGGGUGAAUUGGUGGGCUUCUGGAAAAGCCUGAAAAUGGAGAGAACCUCUUAUCAUAGUUUUUACAACACUAUUUCUCCAACUUUCAUGAUGAUUAAAUUUUUGGGUCAAAGUGCCAAUCUUUUUAUGGUCAGAGCAUUCUUCAUUUUUUGUGUGAGAGAAAUAACAACUAAAACUUUGUAUUUUAAGCUAUUGACACUUUCUCAUUUCAAGGGAACAUGAUUUGAACCAGAAAUCAUUUGGAAUUUGCAAUGCUUCUUGAACAUGAUGCAAAUAUAAAUAUUUGGUGCAGUACCUUGUCACCAAGAACCACCCAAAGAACCUGCCCCCCCCCUCUCCCCCACCCCUUGCAACUGAGAAAUUACCUAACAGAUGUAAAGUAACCAACCUGAUAUUCAUUUUUUUAUUCUUCUAGUCUACCAUUGAGCAGUAUAAUUAUAAAGGUAAGGAAUGAAUUUUGUUUGGAAAAUUAAUUUUUACUUAUUUUCCAUGGACAACACUCAUGGAUCAAUUCUCAGCAUUUUACAACAACAGAUGUGUAUCAGCUGGAUUAUUUCCUUUCCAUGUGCUGUAGUUUUAUACCUCGCAAAGCCUGUUAAGUUACGGGACUAAUCUUAACCCUUUACACCCUAACAUCAGUAUGCAUAUUCUCCUUAAUGUUCUCUAUACAUUUCCUAAGGUGCUGACAAGGAGAAUUUGUUUUGCAAUCACGAGCUUCUUUAGUUGGUGAUCAUUUCCUUCACUCUCAUGACCUUACUGUGUGAUUCAGGGCUGAUCUUGUAGGGAGAAAUUAGAUGCUAGUCAAAGGGUUAAUACUGGCCUAACCAUCUGCACGAUGGACUCUGGAUGGGGAGGUCUGGGUUUGAGACCUAGCAAGGUCAUUGUGUGGUGUUCACAGGCAAGAAACAUAAACCCCACCAGGCCUCUUUCUGCCAAGAGCCAAGUUGUUCAAAGGAUAGAAAACAUUUCAAAUGGUUCAAAUGUUAUCCUGUUGAUAAGUUUUAAAAGAAUGUGCUGCACCAUCCAUUAAAUAGAGAUUUAUCCAGCAUCAUCCACCUUACGAACAACUGUGUCCAAAAGUAUAAUUGGGUAUCAAAGAAUGGUCACAGAAACCUAACAGCUAAUGCUGUUAUGGACUAGCAUCCUCACCAGGGGAAAAAGUAAUAUAGUAACCCCCCACCCCCAGACACUUCUUCCUACAGAGAAGGUUCCAUAUACUUUUUACAAAAAGCAUGAUUGGGCAACUUUUUUUUUCUUGUGAAUCAUGAUUUAAAUUAUUUUUUAUUUGUUAAUCCUGAUUAAAGAUUAUAAGAUCUUUUUCAUGUCCAUGGCAACUGAUUUUUUUUAUUGAAGCAUGACUCAUGAAUGAAGAACUGAAAUAAAUGUGGAUCAUGAACCAAUUUGUUUUGCAUGAUGAAUUUCCUGCUAUUUCAUUGUUUUGAAAAUGAGUAUAUAUUUUUCUUGAACAGCUGUGGUUAGGUAAUGAUGAACAAUUAGUCAUAAAACAAACCACCUAUGGUUCUGGAGCAAAUGAAAUGAGAUGUCAUUAUAAACAAGUUUGAAAAAGUGAAAAUAUUAAUUUGUGAAUUUGGUUUAUAAUUUUGAAGUGGAACAUGAUCAUUCGGAAUUUUGCGCAAACAUGAAAAACUGGAUAUUAUGUGUGAUGAGUGAGAAGGCCAAAUAUUUUACAUAACUGAGUUUUUUAUAGGAGAACCUCUUCAAACAGUGUUAAGAUAAUAUUUUAUUACUGCAUUGUACUAUACUGGUUUUGGUAAGCUAUGGGUUCUGAAAUGACAGUAAGUGUUUUUGAUUAAGAACACUUGUUAACAAGCCAUAUAAAGGAACAUGUGUAAUAGAUAGUUUAACCCUUAAAACUUUAAGAGUGACCAGCAUCUAAUUUCUCCUUACAAUAUAAUCCCUGAAUCAAACAUUAAGGUCAUGAGAGUAAAGGAAAUGAUCACCAACGAGAGAAACAUUGGAUCAGUAACAAGUUCUUCUUGUCAGCACCUUAGGAAAUGUCUAAAGAACAGUAUGGAAAAUAUGCAUACUGAUGUUAGGUUGUAAAGGGUUAAGUGAAAUAAAAUUUAAUAUUCUGACAGUAAGACUUCCUCAAAUGUGCUUGGGGUCUGGAAAGCUGCAGAAAUGAGUGGUGGAUAUUGAGAGAGUUGUAAUAUAUAACAUUCUGCUUUGAUGAAGGGCUAACGCUUGACACAUAAGCUUUAGAAUAUCUCUACAAUGUCCAAAUUACUUCGUUAAUUCAGUUGUUAACACCAAAUUAUUCUGAAAUACCUCCCAUCAAUGCAGCACUGAACCCUUUAACUUCUGGAAGUGAUGAAAAUGCAACUUCUUCCUAUAAUAUCCAUACCUUAUCCAGCAAACAGAUGGUGAAAAUACUCAAACUUACGAGGUAGAGUUGUUAUUUUAAACUAACACCAAAUUCUCAUAACCAGUUAAAUAGGAAAUGUGUAGCAGCUGGAAGGGUGAAUGAACAAUCAGAUCUUGGGAGUGAAAGGGUUAAGAGACUUACCCUUUUUUUUCUAAUUUGUCUGUUACAUGUAGGAAGUGAAAAAGAUGACGAUGGUUUUUACUUCAAAGGCAACACUUCAGUGCCAAGUUACCACAGAACAGAAGAAUUGCAACCAUCAACUGAAAACUGGGAUGAUCAGGGUAAUUAGAUUACUUUGUCUAUUGAGUUGAUUAUAUGUGAAUUAUUUACAUAUUACCUCUGAAGUGUGUUGAAAUCAUUGAGAUGUUAUAUAGUCUACUUUAAAAUUACUGUUUAGUUUCAUUAGUCAAUGUGAUCUCUCUCCAAUGACAACCAUUGUUACAGGAGAGAGUGCAUUACUUGAAAAAACUUAGAAAUGAUUUUUAACAAGACAAUAAAUUUGCCAUGUUCCUAGCAUGUGGCUUUGAACCUCAGUUAGUGGUAUCACCCAUCUAGUAUCAGAGUGGCAUUGGCUCAAAUCCCGUCCAAACCUGAGUUUUUAAUCCUUUUACUCCCAAAAGUGAUUAACAUGUAACUUUUCCCUGUAACAUCUAAACAUUAUCCAGCAAGAAGGUCAUGAGAAUACUCAAACUUAUCAGCUAGAAGUUGUCAUCUUGAUCUACCACCAAAUUCUUGUAACUUAUGUACAAGGAAAUGUCUAGCAGCUAGAGGGGAGAAUUGACAUCAGAUCUUGGGAGUUAAAGGGUUAACAAGCUUCUUUUCAGCAAUAUCAAGGAUCAAAGAUCAAGGAGCCAGGGUUAUUUCUAGACUUUUAAACUCUGUCCUUUGGUACCAACAAGGAGAAUUUGUGUAACAAUCAAAACCUCUUUAGUUGGCAAUCAUUUUGUCUUCUCGUGAUGUUAACCCUUCAACUCCCAUGAGUGACCAAGACAGAAUUUCUCGUUACAAUAUCAAUACAGUAUCAAUCAGACAGGUGAUGAGAAUUUGGAAAAAUGUAAGUUUGAGGAUUUUCUUGUUGAUCCAGUACCAAAUUCUCCGAACUAGCAUCACAGGAAUUGUGUGGCAGACAAUAAGCAGAAUUAUUAAUCAGAUCUUGGGCGUUAAAGGGUUAAGGAAUGAUUCAGCAGUAUUACUGUAAGGAGAAAUAAGAUGCUGAUCACUCCUAGGAUUUAAAGAGUUAAGAAUGAUUUUACAUUACAAUUUUGCUGACUUCUCUUGAUAUACACUUGCUAUCCAUUAACAGAUUUCAACACCUCUUUCUCUACACCCUGGGGCAACACCAGCAAAGAGGAUUUUAAUUAGUGUUUUGAAAAUAUAUCAAAAUGCAAGCCCAUGCUUACAGCUGAUGUGUUUGUCUCUUCUCAUCACCUGCUAACCGAGCAAUGUGUUGUUAUUGUAGAGAGAAGUUAGAUGUUUGUAAAUUACCCAUGAGAAUUUAGAGGUGAUAAAUAAUACUGUAACAUGGCUUGUUUUUCGAAAAUCUCUAGAGGCAGAUCAUAGUCAACUGUUUCACAGAGUCGACAGAAUCCUUCCUAAGCAGGAGUCGUUUCAAUCGUCUGACUCCACAGCAGUUACUGAUAUUCAAAGGUUUGUACCAUUGAGAGGUUUUUAAAUGACAAGUGUUCUUCGCGCUAUAACAGUUUUCCAGCAAUUUUGAAAGCGUCCUGUCUGAGAUGUACUGUAAGACGAAUGGUAAACGCGAACACUUUUCAAAAGCGGGAGAAACAGGAACAAGCUGAGAAACCCUGUGAUGAAACUGGAAACCCGUGUCCUCUCUGCGUGUGAUUUUGUUCCUAAUCUUUCCUUUUUUUAAGCUUAGAAAAGUAUUUUUAUUUAUUUUAGGUUAAGUCCGGAGGAACGUGAGAAAUUCAAGCAACAAAUGAGAAGGGAAGCGCUAUUGAGAAGUUCAAGGUAAUACCUCGAAAAACACUUUGCUUGCUUUAUUAUAAGAUCUUGUUUUAUGAAGAUGAAGUAGCAUGCAGGACAGAUCGAAUUUUUUUUCGCGAUUUUCAGUCGAACGAAGGCAACCGCAAUGCCAGCGCGAAGUGCGAGUCACUCGCAGUCGUAUAAUAGUGGUGAAUGUAGAAUUCAUACUAUUAGCGAAUGCAGAAUUCAUAGGAAGGCUAAAAAAUGUUUCAGGUUCUCCAUGACUUGGCUCCUGCUAGGCUUUCGAAUUUUUUCAGGGACUCGUGUUCGGCCAACAAUUAUCAUUUAGGGAACGCUGAUGAUAAGUUGACCGUUCCGUUGCCUAAGACUGAAUUUUUAAAGAAGAGUUUCAGUUAUCAUGGUGUUAAGAUCUGGAAUUCUUUACCGACUGAAAUACGUAGUUGUAAAACUUUGGCUACGUUUGAUGAACUUAUUUCAACCCAUAGACUAAAUGUGACCUAUUUAAGUUAUUUCGUAGGGUUAUAUUUAAUGCAUUAAUAGUUUAAGUCAUGGAUAUUAGUGUACACAGAUAUAUAUAUAUUUUUUUUCUCUUUUUUUCUUGUGUAUAUUUUGAGUGGUUUUUAACUUUUAUAGUUAGUUCAUGCCAUUGCUGGAACCCAGCUUUUCAUAAUGUUGAUGAUAGGGUAGCUUGUUUGAGUAAAGUUGAUUUUGAUACUUGGGGACUUGGGGACUAUAAAAAUUGACAGCCAAUGAGAAGGGGGAGGGGGCGCUCAUUCGAAUACUACAGAGCCCAAGUGGGGGUAUGAAGUAAAUUUUACACAACCAGAAGGGGAAAGGCCCACACUCUCUCAUCUCUUUCCUUCGAUCGUUGCCCCCCCCUCCCCCCCCCGUCCAUUGGUACAAGUUUCCUUCUAUUCCUAGCCUUCCACUUUUGUAAAAAUCAAAGAUGGCAGCUAUGAUUUUUAGCAUGAAAGAACCGGGCACUCGCUCGUCGAGUUUAAGCCUGCUUGCGUUCAGUCAGCUGAAAUAUAUAUUUUCUUUUCUUUUUUCUCGUUUGUAGUUCAGAAGUGCAGCUCCCAUCAUCAUUGUACAAUUCUUCCCAAGGAUUAAGUUCGCAGGUAGAAAAUCGUGGACAGCGUUAUUCGGGCACAGACAAUCCCAUCUUUCGUCAUAGUCUCGAACAAAGUGUGACUGUUAGUUCUUCUCAACAGCAGGUUGUUCACGAUUCUGAUCUGCUUCGGAGAGGUCCUAUGGCAACCAGUAUUUCAACCCCAAAGAACCCAGUAUUUCAACACUGUCUCGACAAUAUGAAAGCGCAAUCUCGAUCGCUUCAUGAAAAUCCAGUGGUGUGCGAUAAGUCAAUUGAACAAUAUUCAAGACAGCUAGCUCAUGGUGAUAGUAACUCUGAAAGACCGGGCGUCGGAAAUAAAAGUUUUUCCUCCCAAGACACACGCAAAACCUCAUCCUCAUCCUCAUCGCUUACAAAUGCGAGCGAAGAACUCGAAAACGAAAUUCAAUCUAGACUUAAACUCGUUACAAACGAAAAACCAGAAUUUGCCCUAAUGAAUAAUGUUCGUGGACAGCCGACCUCGCCCAAAUCCAUUGGCGUGAGUUCUACCCACUUGGCUGGAGUCGGUAGGGCCAGACUCCACGCGGAAGCUCGGAAGAAAAAUUUUGGCGGUGUUUCCUUCAGUCCUCCAAAGACGUCAGGUAUUGACGUUUUUAUUUCUAUUUAUUUAUUUGCACUGAGGGUGAAACAUUUGCCCGUAGUUACAAAUAUACUUGACCUAAGCAAUGAUUGUUGGGCAUGGAAAUCAAAAGCAAUCUCGACCUGAUCACAUGCGUUGUCUUCUCAACCAAUCAGAUGCAAAACUUAUCAACCAAUCACGAGUUGGUCGCCCGCGUUUUCCCGCGCUUCAGACGGUUGGGUUAUUUUACCCCGAACAUCUCAGUGAUUUGUUUGAACUUGUGCAUAACUUUGUUCUACUUCUUCUUUUACGCUUUAAGUGUUCGUUCGUGUUAUAUUCAAUGAUUUUUGUCAAGAGAGAUCAACGAAAGAAAGGCAGAUAUUUCGAUAGCUAUGGCCUAAGUCACGUAAUUCUACUUAAACAGAUCUGUUAAGCGGGAAAGGUCACCAGAGUCCACUGAAUCGGCUUAAGAGUGUAGUCGACAAAAUAGGGUGCUUUCCGGAGAAAAACGUGCUACGCGUGCUACUUUUACAGAAACCACGGAAAAGUAUAUAUAUCGAUGUGAAGCUUAAAAAGUAUAGAUUAUGAAAUAGCAUAAUCUAUAGUUUGUUAAAGUUUCUGUUUUGAGAGGCGCGCGCGAGCCUUGAAACACAAAGCUUACGGUAUUUACUCAACUGAAUUACCAGCCUCUGCAUCACCACGAACCUCCACACAAACUAAACAGUAUCACUCAGCAAAUAUUUGGUUAACAAAGCGUGUGAAGCUUUUUCGAUAUUUUAAAUGAUUCUUGAGAAAAUCUAUUUUGAAGUUUGACAAAAGAGAAUAGUUCGGUUGUUGUCAAGUUCUGGGACUUCACGAGAGAAAUAUUUGGAAUUUUCGUUUAAGUCUUGCAUACUUUGGUUCGUUAAUAUCUCACGAACAUUCUGGCCAAUUUUUAUGAAAAUCCAGCAAAUCAGCAUACGUAUUAAUUGGCUUGAGUAGAGGUAACUCUGCAAAAAUCAGAAGGAAAAGUGGGCAUAGCAAGCGAGGGAAAACAAAAACUUUGAUAUCUAUCUCUUCAGGCUGGGCUCUCUCGCGAUCAUCCCCUUUCGGCUGUUGGACGAGGAAUCGUGUUUCUUAACGUAUUGCGAAAUGUGACAGAAAUUUCCCUUUGUUGACCGUCGUUGUGUGUUGCAAGACACGAUGCAAACAAAAUAUGCAAAAUCGAGAUCCCGGACCAAAGCCCGCCUUUCCGGUUAUGAAACCUUUCACUCGCUCAAGACAUUCCUUCAGCCAUUCUUUUGUAACAUUUUAUUAAUUUUGUUUUCGAUAAAUUAAACAUAACUGCUUUUUCUGACUAAAGAGCAAAAACGAAAAAACAAAAUUUGAAAACAUUGACCCUAUUUUGUUGACAGAAACCAAUAGAUACCUAUUUCCUUACGGCUUGACUUUGAGCUUCGCUGUUUCUGUUCAAAUUUCCCUAAUGAAAUUUGUGCGGGUUUACUUUUCCAAGAAUUUGAGCAACAGUGGCCAUCCAGUCUUUGUUAGUUGAACUCAGUGAGAGACAAAGCUCAUUAGCCUUUGUUGAAAAAUUAAAAAAAAAAAAAAAAAAAGAAAAGAAUAAAAUGGACUAAAAGUUCUUUGUUAUCUCUUUAGGUAUUGGGGCGGCCGGCUCUCCUCCGAUUGGAAGGGGCAGAGGCAUGUUGAGCUUCAUGUACUCCACUUAGCGGCGGGAUACCGUUUACCGCAAAAGAGGCGUUAUGCUUUUCUUAGAAGGUUAACAAAAGGGAAUAAAUGUUUACACGUUUUUUGUUCCAGUUAAGACGGUGAGAACUGUUCCAUUAACGAAAGUUAAAUUAGUUCUCAACGGAUGUGCUGCUCAAAACUUUCCCGUGGGUCGCAGGAAAAAGGUCGCGGGCUUCCUCUUCUUCUCUUGAACUUGCUGAGGACGUGACAAGCUAAAAUAUUGAAGGCGUCUGCCGUUGCACGCAAAUACGUGACACGUAACAAACUGCGGACAGAAGAGUCGACUAAGGGUGAUGGCAAUGUUAAGAUCUGUCUGGUUCAUUCUUAGAAAAAAUUUGUUUUGUUCGUUUUGCUUAAUAUAUAUAAAAAUUCCAUUGAAGGUUGUGAAUCGAUUCUUUCAUAUAUUGAUCUACUGUUAUUUCGAGUUGAUCCUUAAGUUUAAUCCACGAGAUUACUUGGAACGCCCCCAAAUCACUUGAAUUCCGAACUUUGAAUAUCAGCUGAUACUGUGAAGCCUUAAAAAAAGUAUGCAAUAUGUCGAAAAAAUAACUCAAGUUGUAAACAAAGGCAAUGAAAAAGCUGUUAUCAGUGUUGUUUUGAUCCUGGGCUUCCCGAAAUCUUAAACUAAUAUCCCUUGCGGAGUAAAAACAAAUAAAACAUUUGCAUUUACCCUUUCAUGUUUAAAACACCAGCAAUUAGGUGAUGCAACACUGGUUUUUCGUGUUUUAAAAGCGUUUUCAAUGCUAUGAACAACCGAAAAAAAAUGGUUCCCGGCCUCGGCGAUUGAAUAACAUCAUUUCUCUUCAUCGCGCGUCCCAGAGAUUGUCAAACAAUGUGAACUAUUUUUAAACGCGGAACAUGCAGUCCACGCUGGUGAUAUGGUUCGAUUGGACUUUGGUCGUAGAAAUCAUCUCGUCUGCACGUGCUGAUUUUGAAUUGACUAUGUUCAUUAAAUAACAGCCAAACACGAGCUGUCAGCUUAGUCAACGUUCUUCGUCUUCCUCGACAACUCAGAAUUUUUUCCCGAGAACACCACCGCCGUAAUUUCAAAGGAAUUGGAUUUCUGAAGGAAUGGCUUCUCUGUCCAUAAUCAUGUGUCGAAUAUGGGACAUUUACGUGAUGAAUGCAGCCCUAAGCGGUUGGAUUUUGUCGAAAAUUAAUACCUACAACUCCAGUUUGUUAUGUGUUUGGGUCAUAUUCCUCUGUGAUAUGGUUUACAUCUUAGACGCGUUGGCUAGAACAAGUAAAACCUCGCUGACCUCUGGUAGCUGGGCGUCGGUUACGUCAAAUGGUUUACCAAGAACAAUUUUAGCGAAUUUAUCGGCUGUCGUCAAAGUAGUGACAUUUGUUCCAUACCAUAUUUUGGUUAUUUUGGAACUAGACGCUUGUGGUGUCUAUCUUGUGGUGUGCGCCCUUAGAGUAGCGAGACUUUUGCUGUCGGGAAGAUUAUAUCUUUCUUUUGCCUGGACGCUUUCGAACGUGGCUGAAUAUAGAGCCGUAAUGACUCAAAGACGGUCCAAGAGACUCCCCGCGAGAAAAACCUGCGGAAAAACACGCAAGGAGAACGCAGAUGAAUUCUUUGUGGAAAGGACAGUUGACUCAUCGCCCUUUUUGCGUCACAUCAAGAAACUUAUUGAUACAGAAAUGGAGAGAAACUUCUAG